UGGCAUCAUUCAAUCGUUUACUGUUCAGCUAAACACAACAGUUAGCUUUACGUUCUUCUCUCCUCUCUUCACGUAGCUGCAAAUACUCGCGUCUCGUGCACGGAUCGUGCGGCAUUUACAAAUUCCUUUCGCAAACGUAGAAAUAUCGUAACAAAAGUGUUUAAAGGAUUGUGAAUUUGCUGUGUGCGUGAGGAUACAACACAUAAACAUAGCAUCGCAGGAUAUCAGGCGAAGGAUUUUGAGUUUAGUACAUUUCAACUUUUCGUUGUACUAAUUGUGUGUUUAGGAUGAAGCUGCUGCGUUCAGCAUCAUUGCUCGCCCUGGUGCUGCUGCUGGCCAUCAGCACGCGCGCCGAAGACGAAAAAGCUGUCGAAACCAAGUCCGCUGAACCUGCCAAGGAAGGUGCCGAAGAAUCCUCCGCACCUGCUGCAGCCGCCGAUAAUAGCGACAGCACCAAAACCAAACGUGGCCUACAUCACUUCGAGGACUACCAUCAUUCGUACCAUCAUCCGAUUCAUGAGGAAAAAACAUUGACCAUCAUUAAGAAAAUACCCGAACCAUAUCCAGUUGAGAAGCAUGUACAUGUGCCAGUCGAGAAACACAUACCCGUACCGAUUAAGGUGAAAGUGCCCAAACCAUAUCCCGUGGUCAAGCAUGUACCAUAUGAGGUCAAGGAAAUCGUUAAGGUUCCACAUGAAAUACCAGCACCCUAUCCAGUAGAGAAGAAGGUGCCAGUACCCGUGCAUGUGCACUAUGACCGUCCCGUGCCAGUCAAGGUUUAUGUGCCCGCACCCUACCCAGUGGAGAAAAAAGUGCACGUCCCAGUUAAGGUACAUGUACCCGCACCAUACCCCGUUGAAAAGAAGGUGCACGUGCCAGUCAAAGUACAUGUGCAUGUUGACAAGCCAUAUCCCGUUGAGAAGAUCGUACACUAUCCAGUCAAGGUACCAGUCGAGAAACCAGUACCCUAUCACGUUGAAAAGCCCGUACCAUACCAUGUUGAGAAACCAGUACCAGUGCCAGUAAUCAAAAAGGUGCCCGUCCCAGUUCAUGUACCUUAUGACAAUCCCGUGCCAGUCCAUGUUGAGAAACCAGUACCAUAUGAAGUCAAAGUACAUGUACCCGCACCUUAUCCAGUCAUCAAGGAAAUCCCAGUCAAGGUUGAAAAACAUGUGCCCUACCCAGUAAAGGUGCCUGUUGAGAAACCAGUGGCCGUUCACAUUGAGAAACACGUGCCCGAGUAUCAUGAGAAACACAUCUCCUACAAGGAACCCGUUUUCGUGCACAAGGAAAUCCAUGAGCAUGAACCCGCACAUCAUGAGGAAUAUCAUCAUGAGGAAAGCCACCACGAUUUCGGUGGUCAUGAGGUGGAAUCAUAUGGCGAAUACGAACAUGAGGAGCAUGAAUACUAAUAUGGCAAAUCUAUACCUCUCUCUCUCUCUUACACACUCACUCACAUACACACAAAACAAAAUGCCUAAAUGCCUUUUUGCCUUUCGCUCCGUCAACGUCAACUCCGCUACACACACGUUUGCUCCUUUCCCAUCUCUCUCCCUCUUUCUUUUAUUACAGCAUUGAGAAAAUGUUAACUGUGAAUGGCUUGAUUGAGAAUGUGCGACGGAGAUGUUAAGACGGACCAGCGUGCAAGCGAAAGGGAUGUGAAUUGUUGCGAGUCGAUCGAAUGAGAGUAUAAGAGGAAAAGUGAGAGGAUUGAGACGACCAAACAAACAAAAAAGAGGACAUCGUAACCGCGUAAUCGUGAUAAUGGAACGUUUUGGAACUCGAAUUAGGCGAAACGUUUUGGAAUUUGAGAGACACGUACUUUACAUAAACAUACAUAAACAUAACUGAUCUUUUACCAAUAAUUACAACUAUUAUUUUCUUUUGUACAUAUGUACAUACAUAUGUGAAUGCAAUCAAUGCGAUUUUAGUUUAAGUCAUAACCUUUUUUUUUUAAUUUUUAAUUUUUGAUUUUUGUCUGUGAAGAACUCAAUAAUUAACAAAUCUUUUUACAUUCAUACAUAUAAUUAUUAGCUCAUAAGUGUUUUUUUAAGCAGUUUUCAAGUUGUACAAAAAGGAAUAUAUAUAUAUUUAUAUAUAUAUAACACAGUAUUCCGACCAACAGUGAUAUUUGGCGCAUUUGAGACACGUCCAACAGGGUGGGGUUCCUGUGGUGACACGGCCAAUCGCGUCCUCCUUCGCCGCCGCACAAUGCCAGCACAACAACUACGCUUUUGUAAGUAAUACACACACGGCCGUGGAAAUAUUACGGAUAUUUCGGGUUUGGAGCAGUUGCAAACGUAGUAAGAUUGCCGGUGGCGGCGUAUGAGUUCCAGUUAUAAGUGAUAUAUUUAGUAUGUUAAAUGAUCUUGUUGUCGUUUUGUAGUGAUUUACUCCCAUUGGAGGAAAUACAGCAGUAAUUGCUUGUAUAAAUAUUGUUAACAUUGUAUUGUAUAUAUAUUUGUAUUUGUAGUUAUGUAUGUAAAGAAAUUAAUGUCAGCUAAUGUGAAUGUGUUGGAGACUAUCAGUAAAUCCAGUAUGAGAUUCUCUUCGAUAUUAAGUAUACACGCGUAUAUAUAUGCAUAUGUAAUUAUGCACACUAUCAUUUAUUUAGUUCUCUCUCUCUCUCUCUUCGUUUUAGCAAAGUAAUAGUGUUAAUCGAGCUGUAAUAUUGCUAUAUAUAAUUGUGUAUAUAUUUUUUAUUACAUAUAAGUAAAUAUGCAAACUUAUCAUAACAAAAUACGCAAAUGAUUUAUACCUAACUUACAUACCUACUACUUAUAUAUAAUAUAUACAUAUAUAAUAAACAAACAAGUAUAUAAUGAGAAAAAAACUUAGUUUAAGAGUCGCUCCUUUGUGAGUUAGUGUGACCGUAUUGUAUUAUUUUUAUUUUUAUAUAUUUUUUUAUUAAAUUUUUAGUUUAUGUCUUUUUUGAUACGAAUUCGCUGUACUACGAAAAAGUAAAAAUAUUGAACGAAAAUUAUAUAAAAUGUGUAAUGGAAAAAAAUUAAAUAUGGAAAUCAAAAUGUACUCUUUACCACUACCAAAUAACUGAUAAUAUGUAUAAAAAUGUGUAAUUUGUUGA